AUUUUAAUAUAGUGAUGGAUGGGAAAUACACAAAACAUACUGUAAUAUAACAGCACGCGCCUCCACCUGAACUCUUGUGCGGGAACUGAGAGCGCGCAUAACAGAAAUGCAUCUGACAGGAAUGAUUGUUUUUCGGUGGUAAGACACUUUUUAUUUCACAACACAAUAUAUGAGCAUACACAAUAAGUUAUGAACAUAACACUAGAAUAUUUCCAAAUUUACGUAAAGCCAGAAUCACAUCUGACAGAAGAUAAACAGGACAACGUGUAUUUCUGAGAAUAUUUUUGACUUCUGCCUCGUCUGACAGGAGAGUUUUUCUGAGGUAAAAAACAGUCAUUACUUCACAAACAGACAUUUAUUAAAAAUGUUCUGAAAUAUUUUGUGUGUAGAUGUUCCUUGAGAUUUGGAAAGUCGAUAAAUGCAUAAACCUGUUUUUACCAUUAUAGUUCCCAGACUGCAGAAGACAGCAGCUGCACAUCUGUGUCAAAGUUCAACAACCACCUCAGAUGGUUUAACAAAGAAAAACCAACACCAGCUACCCCCUUGAAUCUGCCUACGGACCCCUGAAAAGAUGGAGCCUGUUAAAGAGGAGAAUGAAGACGUCAGUAUUUCAGAACUAUUCAGACUGAAAAAUCAAGAUACUGAGGAACAAAUAGAUCUGAUGGAAGUGAAAGAGGAAAGUCAAGAACUGAAUGAAGUGGAGGAGAAACAUCAGUAUCACAAAUCUGAUGAUGUCAUAACUGGAGAAAAAUCUUUUGGUUGCUCACAGACUGAAAAGAAAAUAUCAUAUAAAAGAACUCAAAGAAAAAUAGCCAAAAAUUCUUUCAUCUGCCCUCAGUGUGGAAAGAGUUUCACACAUAAAGGAACCUUUAAUAUCCACUUAAGAAUUCACACUGGAGAGAAACCUUUCACUUGCCAUCAGUGUGGAAAGAGUUUCAGAGAGAAAGCAAAUCUUCAGGAGCACAUGAGAAUUCACACUGGAGAAAAGCCUUUCACAUGCCUUCAGUGUGGGAAGAGUUUCAGACACAGAGCAAGUUUUAAGGCGCACAUGAGAACUCACACUGGAGGAAAACAUUUCACUUGCCUUCAGUGUGGAAAGAGGUUUAGAAAUCCAAGUGGCUUAAGUAGGCAUAUACAUAUUCACUCUGAAAAUCAAUUACACCAAUGUUCUCAUUGUGGCAAGAGUUUCACACAGUCAAGUCGUCUCAGACUUCAUCUGCGCUAUCACUCUAAAGAAAAGCCAUUUAACUGUGAUCAGUGCGGCCAAAAAUUUAUUUUUGCAUCAGUGCUAAAAAGACACUUGAAACUUCAUGAGACUAAUGAGAAGCCUUACAUAUGCACUGUUUGUGGAAAGAGUUUUUCACAGCUGGCUUAUAUGAAAGGGCAUGAGAAAACACAUUUGGGUGUAAAACCUCAUGUAUGCUCAGUGUGUGGUAGAGCUUUUAACAGAGCGGAUUACUUGAACGUGCACCAAAGAAUUCAUACUGGAGAAAAACCUCACAAGUGCUCAUUUUGUGAAAAGAGUUUUAGACGUCCCCAAGAGUGGAAAAAACAUGAAAAACUGCAUAAUAGACGGAGUCUUAAAUCAUACCACUGAAAUAAAAAAAAUAAGAAAUGAUUUUGAUUAUACCAAUAGAUUAAAUUAUUUUGACGUAACACAGAAGGCUACCACAAUUCCAGGUUCUUUUGAGCUGCAGCAUUCUGUAGAGACAGCUUUGUUUUGAGUAGCGUUAUAAUGUCAGAUGAUGAAUUCAGUGAAUAAAAAAGUACUACAGCAGCAUUUGAUUUAAAGUAUGUUAUUGCCCCACGGCCCAAAGCUUGCAGUUUCUGCUUUGUUCUCUCUAAAUCAAGUUAUUAACUGCAGUUAUUACUGAUUUGAGUUGGCAAACAUUAAACAUGAUUCUUUAUGAAUUAAUCCCCUUACACUUUUCUCGGUGCAUCGAUUACUAAUCCUCCCGAUUUAUCCGCGAAACUUUCACUGAAAGGAAAGUUCACCCAAAAAGAAUGAAUUUAAACACCGUAGGUCCAUACAAUGCAAGUGAAUGGUGGCCAGCAUUUUGAUGGCCAAAAAAGGACAUAAAGGAAGCAUAGAAGUAAUCCAUAGGACUCCAGUGGUUAAAUCCAUAUAUUCAGAAGAUGUGGAUGUUUUUAUGUCCAUUUUUUACUUUAUAAAUGGUCUGCACUUAUAUAGCACUUUUUUUUAACCUUAGAGGUUACAAAGCACUUUACACUGUGUCCCAUUCACCCAUUCAUACACCAAUGGCGGCAGAGCUGCUAUGUAAGGUGCUAGCCUUCCAUUUGGAGCAACUUGGGGUUCAGUGUCUUGCCCAAGGACACUUCAACAUGUGGAGUCGUGUGGGCCGGGAAUCAAACAACCAACCCUGUGCAGUUAGUGGCCGACCCGCUAAAAUAUGAUGUGUUCAGUAUUUUCCCUUCCUUUAUCCCUACCUUUCUUCUUCCUACUCAGUAGGUGGCGAUAUGCACAAACAGUAUAAAUUGGUUAAAAAACAUUGAAGAAGAACUCUCUUGAAUGUGCAUGGGAAGGCUAUGUGAAAGUAGAUUUAUUGUAAAAAUGACUUAAAUAUUUAGCUUUUUCUCACCCACACCUAUUAUAUCGAUACUGAAGACAUGGAUUUAACCACUGGAGUUUUACGGAUUACAUUUAUGCUGGCUUUAUAUAGUUUUUGGACCUUCUGAGUUCUGGUCACCAUUCACUUGCAUUGUGAGGACCAACAGAGCUGAAAUAUUCUUCAACAAAUCUCCAUUUGAGUUCUGCAAAAGUCAAACACAUCUGGGAUGACAUUAGUGUGAGUAAAUGAUGAGAGAAUUUUCAUUUAUGGGUGAACUAUUACUUUAAAUGAAUAUCUUGUUUAAUGACAGUAAACUAUGUUAAUAUUUAAAUAUAUUACUAAGUGAGCCCAAGGAGGGAGUAAAUGUUCAUUACAUUUGUAGAGUGUUCCAUUUGAUCACAGAACUCACACAAU